AUGUCUCUUCCGCAACGGCCUGGCAAGGCCUCGCCACGCCGUGAGGACACCCGCAGUGCCUUUCGUGAACCCUCACAACGUCGUCGCCGUCGCGAUAUCGAUUCCGGGACAUACAGCGACAGCCCGCAGACCUCCCCAUCCCACCACCGCCAUCGUCGACGCUCUCACUCCCAUCGCAGACAUACCGAAGUCGAUGACGAUCGCUUGGAGCGGGGUGAUGAUUUGAGGCGCAAAAAGAGCCUGGUCAGACCCGAACGACGACACAUGGACCGAGACCACCCCAAUUAUCACUAUAGACAACGGUCGCAUCACAUGGAGACUCACCCCUCGGCGACCGGCAACGACCCGCUACUCGAUCAUGAUGGAGAGGCAGAGACGAAUAGCUCCCGGUCCAUGGAUGCGAAACCCAAGGACAAGGAACAACUCUACGGGGCACAUGGCAAUGUGAACAAACCCAUGGAUCGAGUACCGAGCCGCCAUCGGUCGAAGAAGAAGAAAAGGUCAACCCGCCGAGUAUCCAAGACUCAAACCGCUGAAGACCGGAGGAAACAGAAAGAAUUGGAAGCUGCACGGCCGCCUGAUCUGUGGACAACCUACUGCGCUCUCGUCAGUUGUUUGAUCCCAGAUUUCGUUCUCAAGUGCUUUGGCAUGCCCCAGAGAGAGCAAAGAACGGCUUGGCGAGAGAAGAUUGGCCUGAUCAGUAUCAUUCUCGCGAUCGCGGCCUUUGUCGGUUUCCUGACUUUCGGUUUCACUGCCACCGUAUGUGGUACGCCCCCGGUUCGUCUGAAGGCCAACAAGGUUGGUUCCGGUUACAUGAUUUUCCACGGCCAAGCCUACGAUUUGACGGGCUCGCACCACCCCGCAGCAGAGGGCAUCCCGGCCAAGACUAAUGUCCUGUACGAUCUGCCACAUAAGUACGGUGGUCAGGAUGGUAGCUUUUUCUUCCAGCAAGUCAACGGUGCCUGUAAAGGUCUCAUCACCGCUAAGGAUGAUGGCGGCGUACCGACGAACUCCAAUGGAGACGUGGGGUGGUAUUUCCCUUGCACGGCUUUCAACCAGGACGGAUCAUCCGAGCCCAACUUGACGACUUCUUACUACGAGGGCUGGGGAUGCCACACUAGCAGCUCUGGGCGCAAUGCUUUCUAUAACCUGAGAAGCUCCGGCGAUGUAUAUUACACCUGGGAGGACACGAAGAAUACCAGUCGCAACUUGGCUAUUUAUUCCGGCAAUGUCCUGGAUCUCGACUUGCUACGCUGGUUCAACACCUCUCAAGUGUCAUAUCCCAAGAAGUUCGACAAUCUGCGCACCAACCCUGCAGUCCGUGGUGUCGAUCUGACCUACUAUCUCCAGAGCGGCGGCGAGAAGCAAGUUGGCAAGUGUCUGGAACAGAUCAUCAAGGUUGGCAGCAUCGAUACCGAUACAGUUGGCUGCAUUGCGUCCAAAGUCGUGUUAUACGUCUCAUUGAUCUUCAUUCUAUCUAUCGUUGUCGUGAAGUUCGCCUUUGCCCUUCUCUUCCAAUGGUUCUUGGCCCCCAAGUUCGGGGCGCAGAACACAAGCAUCGCGUCGGAUUCCAGAACUCGUAACCAGCAGAUUGAAGACUGGUCGAACGACAUCUACCGACCUGGACCUCGAAUCGCCGAUCCCCCUGCUCCCGAUCGAAUGAGCAAACGCGCGAGCUUCCUUCCCACAACCUCCCGCUUCUCCAGCCCAUAUGUGGUGAACAGCUCUGGUAGCAGCAAACAGCGAAGCCCAUAUGUCACCAUGGCAAGUCAAAACUCCACGUCUCGUCUCAUGCCCACCUCCACUACAACUGGUACAAUGUACAAAUCCAGCCACAAUGGCAGCGGUGGGACAUUGAGCGCCGAAAACUCUCGCAACAAUGCUGCCGCUAGUCGAACAAGCUUGGUUCCUGGCCAACAGGAUCAAGGCUACUCUGAAAUCAUUCCCGAUUCUGAAGGGUCGGGGCCAGCUGGGUUCAUUCAUGAAGCAGUUGUCCCCCAGCCUCCGCCCGAGUGGCAACCAUUCGGCUACCCAUUGGCUCACGCAUUGUGCCUGGUGACAUGUUACUCGGAGGGCGAAGAUGGUAUCCGCACGACCCUGGACUCGAUUGCCAUGACCGAUUACCCGAACAGCCAUAAGACUCUUCUUGUGAUUUGUGAUGGUAUCAUCAAGGGUAAAGGCGAAGAAUUCUCGACUCCAGAGAUUGUGCUGGGCAUGAUGAAGGAACACGUUAUCGUUCCCGAUGAGGUCCAGCCAUUCUCCUAUGUGGCGGUAGCUACUGGCUCAAAGCGCCACAACAUGGCCAAGGUAUACACCGGAUUCUACGAUUAUGGCGAGACAUCUGUCAUUCCCCCUGAGAAGCAGCAACGCAUGCCAAUGAUGGUCAUUGUCAAAUGCGGCACCCCGGCCGAGUCGACCGUUUCGAAGCCGGGAAAUCGAGGCAAGCGCGACAGUCAGAUUAUCUUGAUGUCCUUCUUGCAGAAAGUGAUGUUCGACGAGCGUAUGACGGAGUUGGAGUUUGAAAUCUUCAAUGGAAUGUGGAAUGUUACGGGAAUCCCGCCGGAUUUCUACGAGGUUUGUCUGAUGGUCGACGCCGACACGAAGGUAUUCCCAGACAGUUUGACGCACAUGGUUUCUGCCAUGGUGAAGGAUCCCGAGAUCAUGGGUCUGUGUGGUGAGACGAAGAUUGCCAACAAAACCGACAGUUGGGUUACCAUGAUUCAAGUCUUCGAGUAUUUCAUUUCUCACCACCAAGCGAAAUCUUUCGAAUCCGUCUUCGGUGGUGUCACCUGUCUCCCCGGUUGCUUCACCAUGUAUCGCAUCAAGGCCCCCAAGGGUGGUCAAAACUACUGGGUCCCAAUUCUGGCCAACCCGGACAUUGUCGAGCACUAUUCCGAGAACGUGGUCGACACUCUGCACAAGAAGAACUUGUUGCUACUGGGAGAGGAUCGUUACCUGACAACGCUCAUGUUGAAGACCUUCCCCAAGCGAAAGCAGAUUUUCGUCCCGCAAGCUGUAUGUAAGACAGUUGUGCCAGACAAGUUCAUGGUUCUUCUCUCGCAGCGUCGUCGCUGGAUAAACAGUACCGUGCACAACCUGUUUGAGCUUGUCCUUGUUCGCGAUCUAUGCGGUACCUUCUGCUUCAGCAUGCAAUUCGUUAUUUUCAUCGAGCUUGUCGGUACCCUGGUCUUGCCAGCCGCCAUCUCGUUCACCAUCUACGUUGUUGUCUCCUCCAUCGUUAAGAAACCUGUCCAAAUUAUUCCCUUGGUUCUUCUCGGUCUUAUUCUCGGUCUACCCGGUGUACUGAUUGUCGUCACCGCACACCGACUUGUUUACGUGUUGUGGAUGCUGAUCUAUCUGAUCUCGCUCCCAAUUUGGAACUUCGUUCUUCCUAUGUACGCAUUCUGGAAAUUCGACGAUUUCAGCUGGGGAGAUACGCGAAAGACAGCCGGAGAGAAAGACAAGGGCCAUGGAGAUGGCGAGGGCGAAUUCGACAGUACUCAGAUCACCAUGAAGAGGUGGCGCGAUUUCGAGAAAGAACGACGUCUACGAAAUAGCGCCUGGGCGCACCCACAUGCGCCAACGAAUGGGUACUCGCAUUACGAGACGUACUCUGAUUAUUGA